AUGGCCGAGAAUCAAGACAGUGCCACGUUCCUGAAUGGAAGCGCGAUGAAACCCGAUGCCUUUGACGGCACAAAAUCCAAGUACAUCACUUGGAAGACGCAGAUGAAAUUGGUCCUCAUGAUCUUGUCUUACAUGAAAGGUGGACAUGCGGGCGAAUACGUCGCCACAUUCAUGAAGAAAUAUGACACGGAUGAAAACGCUGUGAUACAGACCACAAAGACACUGUGGGAAGACCUAGAUAGGCACUUCCUAAUUGACGAGCAGGUCAAAGCAUAUGAUCGGCUCCAAGCAAUGCAGAUGGGAAUGCUAUCGGCACAAGAGUUUUUCUCGAAGUUUGAGUUGUGCGCCUUCCAGGCGAAUAUUCACGACUUCGAAGCGCACUUCCAAGAACUUAAGUCGCUUCUAGAAAAAGCACUCCGGGCCGAUAUCAUCCGGCUUUUGUACAACUCCUCGGAGGAACUCCCAACCACCUACGCGCUCUACAAGUUACGGAUCGCGCGCAUUGACCUUAACCAGCAACAAUACCGCCGAAGAAACCCACAGUCCUAA